GCAGGCUUGUCUGAGACACAACAUCAUCGAUUUUCCUGUCUACGGCAGUGCAUAUUGCCUCCCGGAAAGCUGUACCAACACAUCGAGGAAGCCGAUAACUUAAUAGUCCUAUCGGAAAACUGAUGGAACCAUUGGAAAGAGACUACCGAAAUUUUGUUUAAGGACUACAUGGAUUGUCGCCGGAUAUAUUGAAAAUAGUGGACAGCGAAUGUAUGCAAAACGCCUGGAUAUUUCUAUGACAUUUAUUGAACGGAUUUUGGAGCGAUUACUUGAAUUAAAGAUCAAAAGGGUGCACAGACAUUGCGGAUGAAGACGAACAAAUGGAUUUGUUAUUGUAGGAGCAACGUUACUAAGCGACAAAGUCGAUGAAUACGCAAACGCGAAGCAAUUUGUGUAAUUUUUUAUAGGCUAUACAUAUAUCAUAUAUCAGGCGAAGCUAGUUUACACUUGAAAUACGGAUUAGUAACCGUUUUACAAUACUGCACAAUGUCUGACUACAUAUUGACUUGUGUAGCUGUGCUGGCGAUAUGUUUGGGAAUAACACACUGCGAGUCAGAAGAAUCCCCUAAGGAGAAGCCUCAGUGCAAAUCCAAUGCGCAUGUCUGUACGUCUCUGAUGAGGUACCCGGAUGGAACCGAAUUCGACGAAGGACCGUACUGCCAGUGCCCUGGAUGUGUCAACAAGUGGAUAGCCAAUGACUAUAUGUCGUUGUCAUGGCCACACUAUGAACGAGCAGACAAAACGGUUCAGUACCGUUUCUGCGUUCCUAUAAUUCCGGAGCGGGAGUGUCAACCCGGUGACCUCGCCGUCACCAUGGCUACGACCUCAGGGGAGUGGAGCCCGCACGUGCGAGAAGCGCGCUGCGCAUGCCCAGACAACAUGUACGAAUUACUCGGAUGGUGGCGCCACCAUAUGUCGAAAUACGACAACAACACGAGCCAGUGGAUCUACGAGUACUUUUGUGAAAAGCCACAGUGUGAAACCGAUCGCGCCCUGUGUUCAAAGAUUUACGUGGACCAGCUCACAGAUGGUAGCAAACCAAUCGUGACCGGAUAUAAUUUCCUGUGCUCAUGCGCUGAUGGAUUCAAGUGCCCGGAUCGAGACGAAAGUGACGAAAGGAAAGAAACCAUAGAAACGGAUCAUCGUGGAACCUAUAUCCCUCGAUUUUGCACCGAAACUCACAAACAUUAUAAAAAAUGAAUAACAUAGUGAAACUGUUUCGAAAAUAAUCAGAAAAAACAUGCAUUUUAAUGCUUUUCAAACCUUUUUAGUUGUUCGCGUUAGCAGACAACUUAUUUUAACCCUUUGCAUGCUGAGAAAUUUGUCGUCUGCUAAAAUGUCGUCUGCUCAAUUUAUAAAAUUAGCAUUUUCUUCGAUUUUUUUUCAAAGAAUACUAU